CUAGAAAAUCUAAUAGAUUAAUCUCUUUGCAUCCUUCCUGUUGUUGUGCCAAAGCCUCAAGACAAGCACCCAGCAUCUUCACAGUUCACAGUCUUUCAUCAUCCUUCGCCUUUAAGCAAAUAAUAUAUGAAAAAUUCAAUAGAUAGCACAAAAGACAACACACAAUUCACACCCACCCUCCUCCGCCCGCUUGAGCUUCCCACUCCACCAUCCUCUUCCUUCUAGCAUCCCUUCCUCCCUCCACUCUCUUCGCUCUCUAUAAAUUGGUAUCCUACUGUUUUCACUGUCGUAUAUGGCUAACACUAAGCUUCCUUUUCAUGUGGGCUUAUAUGAUAAACAUUCUUUCCAAUGAUUCUAAGCCUUUCCCACCUUCUCACUCUCUCUUCUUCUUGAAACUUUCCCCUCUCAAACACAACUUUCCUCCCCAUUCCUCCUCCCUCUCUCUCCAAACUCUUCUCAUAAAUUCCAAGCAAUUAUCAGCCCCCCUCCCUCCCUGCACACACCCAAUUAUCUACCUCUCUCAAUUAUUUACCUCCCUCUCUCUCUCUGUGAGUGUCUCUGUACGUUGCAGCUAUUUACCUUCAAAAAGCUCUUUCCUUUCUCUUCAAAACCUCUAUCUCUCUAGUUUUUUUUUUCCAAUUCCAAGAUCACACCUUUCUCUUGAAAGCUCCAGUCUUUUCCAAAUCUGUAGAAAUCCCACUUCACAAAUCCCUCUCCAAACCUAAAACCAUUCGGAAAAGAUGUCUCUCUGUUGUGGAGUAGAAUGUGUAGUUAUAUUAGGCUUUGCGCGCUGGGUUUGGAAACGUUGCACAUACAUCAGUGGUAAUGACAGUGCAAACUGGACAUUAGCAUCACCAGAAGAGUUUGAACCAAUCCCUCGUAUGUGCCGUUUAGUCCUUGCUGUCUACGAACCAGACCUUCACAACCCUCAAUUCAUUCCUCAACAUGGUUUCCGAAUAAACCCUGAUUGGGUUAUCAAACGUGUAACUUAUGAACAAACACAAGGGCGGGCCCCUCCAUACGUAAUUUACACAGACCAUGGAAAUAAAGAGAUUGUUUUGGCUGUUAGGGGAUUGAAUUUAUACAAAGAAAGUGAUUAUAAAACGUUGUUAGAUAAUAGAUUAGGAAUGCAGAUGUUUGAUGGAGGUUUUGUGCAUCAUGGGUUGUUGAAGUCUGCUGUUUGGUUAUUGAAUGAAGAAGGGGAGACAUUGAAGAGGUUGUGGGAGGAGAGUGGGGAAGAGUAUGAUAUGGUUUUCGCUGGGCAUUCUUUAGGGUCUGGUGUAGUGGCUUUGUUAACUGUUAUAGUGGUUAAUCAUAGAGAUAGGUUAGGUGGGAUUCCUAGAGAGAAGAUUAGGUGUUAUGCUAUGGCUCCGGCAAGGUGCAUGUCUCUUAAUUUGGCUGUUAAGUAUGCUGAUGUUAUUCGCUCUGUUAUCUUGCAGGAUGAUUUCUUACCAAGAACAGCUACUCCAUUGGAAGACAUCUUUAAGUCAAUCUUCUGCUUGCCCUGCUUGUUGCUUUUGGUUUGUUUGAGAGAUACCUUCAUUCCAGAAGGUAGAAAGCUCAGAGAUUCAAGAAGAUUUUAUGCCCCUGGACGAAUGUAUCAUAUUGUAGAGAGAAGAUUUUGCAGAUGUGGGAGGUUUCCUCCAGAGGUCAGAACUGCCAUUCCGGUAGAUGGAAGGUUUGAACACAUUGUCUUGUCAUGUAAUGCCACAUCUGAUCAUGGAAUUAUUUGGAUAGAAAGGGAAUCAGAGAAAGCCUUGCAGAAAAUGAAGGAAAUUGAUUCUGGAACCAUUACAACUCCUCCAAAAGUACAGAAAUUGGAAAGGAUGCAGACAGUUGAGCAAGAACACAGGGAUGCAUUGGAAAGAGCUGUCAGUUUAAAUAUUCCUCAUGCUGUGACCACCCCAGAUGUAGAACCCUUGAAGGAUAACAGGACAGAGCCUUCACUGUCUGAAGGCAUCCAGGCUUCACAAUUCAAAUCGAUCUCUACUGGCACAAAGACUAACUGGGAUGAAGUGGUUAAAAAUCUUUUCAAGAAGAGCGAGUCAGGACACCUUGUUUUAAACAAAGUAUCUGCUCCAACUCACAACAUUUCUGGUGGCCAACCUUCAUGAAUACAAUUUAUUCUUUCAUUCGACCUUUAGUAAGCUGAAAGUGUGUGUAUAUCUUGUGUACAACUCCUGCUAAGAUGCCAUACAACCCCUGGUUUGCAGCAAUGGGAGAAGAUGGGGAACCGGGGCGGAAAUGCACCCCCACCCUUCGUCUUUAUUGUUCUUUGGGUGCUUCUCUCGCUCAGAAGGGGUUUUUCAUUGGAUUUGUUCAUGCUAUUUGUCAUUCUCAGAUGCAAAAUCUUGCCUAGAGUGCAAAAAAAGCCAAGGAUGAAAAAGAAAGCCCUUGUGAAAACAUUGCAUCGGCUUUGAAAUUGUAUGCACAUCCUUCCUAAUGCUUGCUCAUGUAAGGGCUUGUUAGUCGCGUUAAAGAAUUCUAAAGUUCAAUUUUUUGGAGCAAGACUGCAACCUGAAUGAAGGGCAAUUGUUUAAAGAAUCGUACUGCUUGGGCAUCAAUGCUUAAUAUGGCGCACAAUGUGGAGAAAUUAUCACAUAAAUUCUCAUCCUACCAACGCUACUAUGCUAUGAAGUUGGAGGAUGAUGAACUAGUUUUGUUCAUGGAAGUCUUAACCAUGAUUACACAAGUUCUUGGAUUACUAAACAAGUUAUCUAUCAUUCAAUCUAGUAGAUCUUCAUAAGCACACAUGUCUUGUCCAACAUCCAAUUAAAUGAAUGUUGAGGCAUCGAUGCUGGCAUUGCUUUGAACUCAUCUCUUCUUGUGUGUUAGCUUGUUUGAUGUUUCAUCAAAACACAUACAGACACGAAGAAACUUUGGGGUUGUUUGGUAUCAUUUUCUUCAUCUUUUUUGUUUUGUAAUUCUGUUUCAAAUUAGUAAAAGCAAUGGUAAUAUUAUUCAGAGAUACAAGGAGUGAUCCUUCCAUUCUGUUCCGUCUUAAUUCUCGAUUGAACGGAUGAUACAACCCAAAACAUCUGGCACCUUUUCUCUACCUGACUCCCAGAAAUCCUACCUAGCGGCAUCCCAUCGCCUCAUUUCUCGAGCACCAGUCUGACCUCCAAGCGUCAAAUACUUGAUCAGGACCGUUGGCGUACGGGACCUAAUCACCGAAGACAUACCAAAGACCAAAAUUUCAUAUUUUGAUUUCAAUAUUUUGGAAAAAAAAAAACAAACAAAAUAUCACAUUCUUAAAAAUACGCAAGUUUUUGGAUUAUGAUUCUUGAUUGAAUAUUACCAUGUUUAAUACCAAACACACCAAUUCCAAAGAGAUCAAGCUAGAAAUGAAAAGUCCUUUCCUUGUUUCGAUUUACAAUCAUUCUAACAAGUAUGAUGUAUAAUAAUCCCAUGUUAAAUAAGGAUGCGUCUAGCAUGGUCAUAUUAGCCUCUUCAUAACACUACAUGCACCUACAAUAUAUAGAGAAUCCAGAAAAUAUGAAGGCUAUUAUGAGUUGGAAAGACAACCAACAUUCUCUGUUACAAAAAGUUUCCAGGUUAGUGUUAAAAGAUAGC